GACCAAGUAGCCUGUCUUUCCUUUUUGUCAUCAGCGUUACCAGCGGCGCUGCACAAGACCCAAUGGCUGCUGUUCAGGAUGGCUCAAUCGGCAGCGACGCCCAGAUUUCGCUAAGCAAGCAGCAUGAUGCGAGCGCAAAGCAAAUUUCCGUGGACGAAGAGGUGGCCUCGAGUCCUAUAUCAAAAGCACGGAGCGGAGUCCUCAACGUCGCUAUUGCAGGGCUCGCUCUCUUUAGCGAUGGAUACAACGCGCAAAUAAUUGGCUACAUGGAGCCUCUAUUCUCAGUCAUAUACCCCAACACCAUGUCCUCCGAUAUCAAGUCCCGGCUGUCCAACUCGUUCCUGAUCGGUGAGAUCUUCGGUAUGAUCUUCUUCGGUGCCUUGAUCGACCGACUGGGCCGGAGAACUGGUGUUGUUGCAGCCACCUUAUUCCUCGUUCUCGGUGUCGCCCUCGCAGCUGCUGCCCAUGGAACGUCAGAGCUGGGGAUGUUCUGGAUGAUGAUUAUCUCUCGAGGAAUCGCCGGCUUUGGCGCUGGCGGCGAAUAUCCUGUCUGUGGGACAAGCGCCACCGAGGCCGCUGAUGAGACAGGCAAACUGCGCAAGAAGCGAGGGUUUCUCGUUGCGUUAACAACGGACUUUGCCAUUGACCUGGGCUUUAUCACUGCGGGCAUCGUGGCCCUGAUUGUGCUCGCCUGCUUCCAUCAGGAAACCCGCCAGGGUGUUUGGAGAGUCUGCUUUGGCCUUGGAUUCGUGCUCCCGGUCAUCAUCUGCUUCUUCCGAAUUCGCAUGAUCAACUCGACGCAAUACCGCAAGCACGCAAUCAAGUCCAAGUAUCCAUACUGGUUGGUGCUCAAAAGAUACUGGAAGCCAAUGCUGGGAACAUCCCUCGCCUGGUUCUGCUACGACUUCGUCACGUAUCCAUUCGGUCUCUUCUCGUCUACCAUCAUCUCGCAGCUCAACCCUGACAACACGACGGUUCAAAACAUCGGCUACGGGACUGUAAUCAACUGCUUCUACCUGCCCGGCUGCCUCCUCGGUGGCCUGCUAAUGGAUCGCAUCGGCCGCAAACAGACAAUGACCCUGGGCUUUUUCAUCUGGGCCAUCUGGGGCUUCAUCCUUGGUGGUGCCCUCGGUCCCAUCCAGUCCGUCUUCCCGCUCUUCAUUGUCAUGUACGGCAUCUUCAACGCCCUUGGUGAGAUGGGCCCGGGCGUGUCAACAUUUCUCUGCGCCGCCGAGUCCUUCCCUACCCCCUUGCGCGGUCACUUCCUCGGCCUUGCAGCGGCAGUUGGCAAAGCCGGGGCGAGCAUCGGGACAGAAGUGUUUACCCCUAUCCAAGACUCGUUUGACGAUGUACACAAGGGGCAGCAGGCGGUGUUCUUGAUCGGGUCCGCCUUCACGAUUGUGGGGUGUAUUAUCGCAUGGUGGUUGAUUCCCGAUAUGCAGCGUGAGUUGGAGAGUGAGGACGUCAAGUUCCGGGCCUAUUUGGAGGAGAAUGGCUAUGAUUCUGCGGACUUGGGCGUGAAACAUGAAACUGGCUGAACAACAGAAAUGUAUAAACCCCAAAUAGAGUAAGGGACAGGACAUUGCCGGUCCACCAACAUUAUAAGUACCGCAGUUAUAUAUAUCCAAGUAUACACCUCAGUCCGAGUUCGGGUCGCACUCGGCACUUUCAAC